AUGAAUAUUAUCAAUACGUUAAAGUUAAAACCUGGAUUAAAUGUGAUAGUUCUUUAUGAUGGAGUAUGUAAUAUAUGCAAUUUAGGCAUACAAUUUGCGAUGAAACGUAAUAACGCGUUACCAAUAGUUUAUUAUGCUUCAUUACAAUCGAAAUUAGGUUUAUCUUUAACAGAUUAUUACAACCUUCCAAAAGAUUUAUCAACUUCCGUUUUGUUGAAAUAUCAAAUUCCAAAUGAUUUCCUACAACCUCACAAUUCCUCCUCUUCAAUUCCUAAUGAAGUUGCUCAAUUACCACAACCAGAAUUAUUUAUGAAAUCCGAUGCAUCAAUAGAAUUGGUUCGAUAUCUAGAUAAUCCUUGGCCAAUCACUUAUUAUAUCGCUAAAAUCAUUCCUAGAUCGUUAAGGGAUAAAAUAUAUGAUCGGUUCGCGAGGGACAGAUAUCAAAAUUUCGGUAAAACCGAGUCAUGUCAAAUGCCUAUACCUGGUAAUAAUAAUAAUUCUUAG